AUGUUGGAGCAUUAUACUGAAUGCCGACUUGUAUUUCGGCAACAAGGUCAAAGUAAGAGACAGGUGCGAUGUCACAGGCAGUCAACAAGAAAAACGACCUUGGACUCUUAUUCCAGUGAUUUGGGGGAAGACAAGAAGUUUGCCUUGCCACUGCAAAAAGUGAGAAGGAAGGGUCAUCGCCAGGUGGUAACCAAGUCAAAUGAUAGAGAUGCUGCUGCUGAUAAAGACAAAGACAACUUGCAUCUGAGGGAAUCAACAAAAAACCUGACCGAGCAGACAUCUUCUUCUUCGGACUCUGAUUCCAGUGAUUCGGGGGAGGACGAGAAGUUUGCCUUGCCCCUGCAAAAAGUGAGAAUGAAGGGUCAUCCCCAGAUGGUAACCAAGUCAAAUGAUAGAGAUGCUGCUGCUGAUAAAGACAAAGACAAAUUGCAUCUGAGGGAAUCAACAAAAAAAACGACCGAGCAGACAUCUUCUUCUUCGGACUCUGAUUCCAGUGAUUUGGAGGAUGAGGAAAAGUUCGCCUUGAUGCUGCAGAAAGUCAGGAUGAAGGGUCAUCCCCAGAUGGUAACCAAGUCAAAUGAUAGAGAUGCUGCUGCUGAUAAUGACAAAGACAGCUUGCAUCUGAAUACAGAAAUUCAAAAUGUCUGCCCUCUUGGAUUAGAAGAGGCUGAAAGAAAAUCCGUGAAGGAGACAAAUGGUUUUGAACAAGCAUCGGCAGGUAAGGAUGCCGAGACUGCUUCAGCUCAGCAAGCUGUUGAAGUUGAUUGGCCACUGAAGGAUGAGUUCCACUUCCGACUGGCUUGUCGGCAAUGUUUUGUCAAGACUGGAGAGGGCAUCAAGGGAUAUAACUACAAGGAAGGCCUGCAUCACAACUGUGCCUGUGACAUCAUGCUCAUUAAAUUAAAACAGAGACCUGAUAUCAAGUGGAUCAAGGUGCGACCCAGGGCAAAACACUUUGGGAAGAUUGUUAAUGGAUACAAGAUAUGCUUUCAUUUUACGGCUGGAGAGCCUUGCAGCCUUGGGGAAGAAAAAUGUACAUUUCCUCAUCAUGUCACUGAAAAGAGACUCUGGGAAAUGGACCGAAAUGGAGAAUUCAACAUCCAGAGUUUUAUAAGAGAAAUUAUGCGGAAUAAAAGAUUGUCAUCACAGCCAACGCAGAAGCAAUUCCAGCCACAGAUUUCUGCUGGAGAUCAAGGUUCUCAACAGGCUGCAGAUGCUGAUGAAAUGCCAAAACUUGAAAUUCCCCUCAAGUCGGAAUAUGACUUCAGGAUAAUGUGCAAAGAAUGUCUUGUUAAUGAUACUCAGCCUAGACUUUCUGUGCACAAGCCACAUGUCCAUAACUGUGAGCAGAAUGUUCUAGCUCUGUACAAGAGAGGUGAACCUUCUGUUUUGAUGAGAGUGAGGGAACGCACCAAUCAUCGUGAUUUUCCAGGAAGCUACAUUAUUUGUAAUAGUAUUAAGUAUGGGAGGCCCGAUAUGUGCAGAUUUGGGGAAGAGAGGUGCAGUUUUGCACACAACCGCAUUGAGCAGAUCUUGUGGACCCAGGAAAAAGAAGGAAGUUUUAAUGUUUCCGAGUUCAUUCUUCAGAACAGGUCUGCCACUGGUGGAGCUAAAGGUUACACGGUGGAAGAAUUGUUGAAAAAACAUGGGGGAAAUUUAAAGUUUAUUUGUCGGCAGUGCUUCUGUGCCCGACCACCAAGAAUAGAAGAGCUUGAAAGGAAAGGUUAUUGCAGUGCUAACCGAGAACAUUCAUGGAAGAACAGCAAGGUUCUUGCUCAUAUUGGAUCACAGGGUGGCAUCACCAUCAUAAACAAGCGAGUGUUUGUGCAUAAAUCAGCAUACUUCAAAUUUUGUUAUUGGAAAUCAUUCUGCAAAAAUUCUUUGACAGGGAGCUGUCCGUUUGCUCACAGCAUGGUGGAGCGUGAUGUGUGGAUGUGUGAAAGAGAUGGGGACCUCAGUCAGGAGCAGGUGGUGGAUAAGUGUAAUGACAUAAUGUUUGGAAAUGAUAUUGACACUCUUGAUAAACUGGCAAAAAAGGCAAGCUGUUGGACAAGCAAUUGUGAUGAAUCUUUAGUGGCUGCUAGUAGACCAGUAACUAGACCACUGGUGCCAUACAACUUGAAGAGAAAUAACUACUGCCAGUACUGUGGGGUCCAGUGUAACAGUGAGAAACAGUGGGAUGACCAUUGCGCAACGGAACGUCACAACUUCAAUGUGAACUCGGACAAGGAUCACCAGUGGAAUUUCCGUCAGCCAUUGUGGAUAAUGCGAGUUUCAAGCUAUAAACUGUGUGAGAGACAUAUGACCAGUCAGUCAUGUCAGUACUCCAACGUUCCAGAGAUGUAUAACUUUUGUAUGUACGCCCACUCACAGGAGGAGCUGGACGAGUGGAAGGAACGCUACGAGUGCCGUCAGAUGAAGCGAGACAUGGCCAAGCAGCAAAAGGUUUUCUCCUACAUGGACAAACUUCUUGACAAGUACGAAAGCACAGAUUCUGGAUUUUCUGUGAUAUCUGAAGAAGUAAAUGAUGUUGACAUACAGUGUUCUGAUGAACUGCAUGUGUACAAGGAAGAGAAGAAUGCUGUGGUAACCUGGUCGUUUAUCAUCAGACCACAAUCGCCACUCGUAAAAACUGCCUUACUACUGGACAAAGAUCGACUUCAUUUUACAAUCCAAAUGGAAGAUGGCAGAAAUCAUCAGAUCGCUCAGGGGGAUGAUUUUGAGGAUGUCGGCAAUGACUGCUAUCGAGUGAUCAUCCAGUUCACUGGACGUAUGUUUGGCUCGUUUAGUCAGUGGGUCAUUUUCGACUUUGGCACGUAUCCAGUUCUGGUUCGCAAACUGUCUGUAGAAGUGGGCAACCAUGAUGUACACAAUGUGGUCAAGUCCCUCCGCCAGAAGUUAUCCUUUGAUAGAUGGACGAGUCAGAAUCGUGAAAUAGUUCGACAGCCUGAACCUUCGAAUCCCGCAGAUGAUCAACUGCUGCAGAAAUACAAGGCCCCAGAUGCGUCUGAGUGCCUUAUAACACAAGAUAUUAUUAUUGCUGAACUAAAUUGCAACAACUACAUCCACAAGAUGCACAAACUGUUGGAGCUAGAGGAGCUGACCAGACAUAAAAUCAUAUCAAGCUUCAACAUCUGCACAACUGUUCAAAUCCAGAACAAUAUUUCUGAAACUGUAGGUUCAUUCUAUGCUAGACCAGGAGAGCUGUUCAUGAGAGUGCCUCUGUCAGACAAUUUGACUGAGGACACAAACGCCGGUCGAUUAAUCCUCACAAGUGUCAAGAAAAUCUGGUUUGCUCCAUCCAGUGAGAGUCAGAAACGAGUUUUUGAGGCCAACAUUUUGGACUCUAGUAACUACGACUUUGAUGGCCGCGGGAAAGAAUACAUUUACCUGUGUGUUGCUCCAGUUUGUGUACAGGCUCUGGGACUCGAGGCCGGGUCAAAUGUUGAAGUUGAGAUUCAGUUCCAGAUGAACCGACUCCAUUUUUGUCGCAUGCACUUCGCCAUUGACUGCUUGAAGAACACCGACAUCGUCUUUCCACAUAUUGAAAAUGUAAAUCUACAGUGGAGAGAAGCCCAUGUCAGUUCCAAGUAUUUGAAUGAGAACCAGAUGAAGGCAGUGCAACAUAUUGUAGCCAAACGCGUUGGGUAUUCUCCUCCAUUUAUAAUGUACGGACCGUUUGGAACAGGCAAGACAGAAACCCUAGCACAGGCUACAAUGAUGCUGAUUAAAGAGUCCAAAUCAGCUCGCAUUUUGAUUUGUGCACAGUCAAACAGUGCUGCAGAUAGAUAUAUUGUGAACUACCUGGAUCAAUUUCUUAAAGAGAGAAAUCUGGAAGACAAGUUGAGACGGGUUUAUUUCAAAGAACGCCGUGUAAACACCGUGAAGCUAGAAGUCCAGAAAUACUGUGCAAUGACGGAGAGGAAGGAUGCCUUCAUUCCACCGUUUCGUGAGGACAUAAUGCAGCACAGCAUAGUCAUAACAACAGUGGAGACUUCGCUAGAGUUGUUGCACUUGAAUCUACGUGGCUACUUCACGCACAUCUUCGUAGAUGAGGCAGCGCAAGUCCUAGAAUGUGAGAUCAUCAUGCCAUUGUCCCUGGCGACAGAGAAGACAUGUAUAGUCCUCACAGGAGAUCACAUGCAGAUGAGUCCACGGGUGUACAGCCCCGAAGCUAGAAAACUUAACUUCCACGUCUCUCUGCUCCAGAGACUGUGCCAACAUUAUCACAGGCUCCAUGAAGAGAUCGGUCAGAAGAAUGUGAUCCCACAUAAUGUCUUCCUCAGUAUCAACUACAGAACAAAGAAGGAAAUUCUUCAAUUCAUCUCGGCCAUAUUCUAUGGUGGUCCUGAUCGGCUAAAGGCACAAGGGUCUAUUCCAUCAGUUGAGAUCACUCCGCUGGUGUUUUAUGCCGUUCAGGGUUGCGAGAUUCAGGAGGCUGAUAGUACAUCCUACUACAAUAUUUCAGAAAUACAGGAGGUGGUCGAAAGAGUAGAUGAACUCUACAAGAACUGGCCUAUCGAGUGGGGUCCACAGAAAGGUGAAGAUAUCAUGGUUGUUGCUGCUUACCACAAUCAGGUGUUGCAGAUUCGAAAUGCACUCCGAAAAAAGAGACGGGAAUUGCGAUCAGUGAAUGUAAGCAGGAUACAUGAGGUUCAGGGUAAAGAAUUCAGGGCAUUGUUUAUCAGCACGUGCCGAACACGACAUCUUUUGGAAUCUGAUCACAUUCAGAAUGCCGAAUGUGAAGACUUUGGUUUCCUGUCUGAUCCCAAACUGUUGAACACUGCUCUAACGCGAGCUCAGUCCUUCGUUGCCAUAGUGGGAGACCCAGUGGCACUCUGUUCUAUCGGGGAAUGUGUACAAAUGUGGAGAAAAUAUAUCAAGCACUGCCACAACAUGAAGAGUCUUUAUCCUCGAACUCUUACCUACAAGUCCAUCAAGAACCAGGUUAUAAAUCUGCAGAUGUCACCUGAGGGUCAACAAUUGGAGAAGAUCAUGGAAAUUACUUCCCAGUCUAGUCGCAUGCCACAUUUGGUUUCAACAGGCAAUGACAAAGUACAUGAUGACAAACAAACUUCUAAAUCCACAUGUCCAACAGUUGAUGACUGGGAUGUUAAUUUCAUGAUUGAACCUGAUGAAAUCAUCAAACAUCUUGCUAAGGAGGCUAUGAAAGAACAUCAACUCUGUACUCUCCAGGAUAAAGCUAGAACACAAGGUAUUCUACCACCAAGGGAAGAUAGUAUUGAGACAGAUGGUGAAAUAUUAAAAAUUGAAUGCAUUACGGUAAAAGAACAGAAAGGAUAUGCUGUGGUGUAUUACAACUCGGAUAGAGAAAGAGAGAAUUGUAAAAGAAAACUGUUGUCAGGAGCAGACGCAGGAGUUGAUUUUGAUUCAGAUGAUGAUAUUGAUCAUGAUGCUGGAGAUGAAUUUUCUGAGACGAUGGGAUACAAGAAUUAUGAAGAUACAGAAUUGAAUAAACUAUUGGUGAGUGAUCCAGACCACUAUAAACGUUGUAUUUUGAAUAUUGAGUCAUCACAACGAAUGUUUGCCAGUGUUGUUGAUUUUGCCUCGUCUGUUCAAGAAAUCAAGAUCGGAAGCAGAAGACAUUGUGGACAUGCUUUUCAUCAAGAUGAAGUUGUGGUGGAAAUACUCACUCCUGACAAGGAUGUCACAGGAGCCGAUGUUGGUGAUGAUGGUGUCAAUGGCCAGGUAGUCGGGAUUUUAAGACGAGCCAUGGAUCCACAUUAUAGAUCAUUUGUUUGUGCAGUUGAAGUUAACAACACCGGUAUCAUGAUCCCCCUUAACAGAGGUCUUCCAAAAAUCUACAACCUGUCUACUAAAACACACAUGAAAAAAGCAAAAAAAGGCCACGUCUGUGUUUAUCAUUUUACUAAAGACAAGGAAAUUAACUUCAGUCAUUAUGAAAAAAUUGAUCCAUCUGAUCCUCAAGGGAAGUUGUUUUUGGUGCGAUACCUAAAAUGGCAACCAUCAUGUAGCUGUCCACUUGGAAUCGUAGUUGGAGUGAUCAGUGCUGGAAGAACAGUGGAAAAAGGCGUAGCUAUUCUAAACAUUGAACAUAAUGUACACAGGAAAUACAAACAAGAAACAGAAACGGAAGUUAAGGCACUCUACCAUCAUGAUUACCAGUUACCCAGGGAUGUAUACCAAACAAGACAUAACAUCACAGACAGAUGGUGUUUUACAGUGGAUGCUCCAUCCACAAAUGACCUGGAUGAUGCCUUGAGUAUUGAUCAGUUGCCAGAUGGCAACUAUGAAGUCGGAGUUCAUAUUGCUGAUGUGUCUUAUUUUGUUAAGAGGAAUUCUUGCAUUGAUGCUGAAGCUCUUCAGCAAAUGACAUCCUUAUAUCCACUGAACGAUGAUCCAGUCCAUAUGCUGCCCCAACGACUUAGUGUAGAUCUUUGCAGUUUGCAGCCAGGAAAAGACAGACUAACCUUGUCCAUCUUUUUAAAUGUCACUGGGACAGGAGAAAUAACCAAGGUACAUGUUAAGAAAUGCAUCAUUAAUUCUAAACAGCGAUUUUCUUACAAGGAGGUUGAGGAUAUUUUACACGAUCCUGCUGCAGCAGAAACGGACUAUCUGAAGAGCUAUAUUCUGAUGCUUUAUCAUAUAGCUCAGCAGUGGAGAAGUAAUCGACUGGGCAAUGAGUCCCAUGUUGUUCGUCUUGACCCUCUAGAGAAACAGACCCCUAACGCACAUCAGAUGAUUGAAACACUUAUGAUCACCACUAAUCAUGAGGUGGCAAAGAAGCUUCUAGAAUGUUACCCCGAAACAAUUCCAGUCAAAUGCCAGAAUCCAUUGAAUCCAGAAAAAGCUGAGGAGUGGAAGAGCCGACAUGCUGGCAAUGUCCUAAAUACAGUUGCUCUCACAAAACCCUUUUUGAAAGACCAGAAAACCUGCAAUUGUCAAGAAGAAUGCUUAUGUAUCAUCCAGUAUAUGCAACAGCAUGGUAUUAAGGGACAGAAUUCACUGGAUGUCCCAAAAGAUUUGUGGAGUGCAAUAUGUGAGGCAUCUGAUGUUGGGAACCUGGAGUUGGUUCAGCAAUUGAUUCUUGAACCUCAAAAUUAUCCACAGCUUGCCUUGGCUCAAUUAGACCUGUGGAAAAUUUCUAGUAAAUCAAAAUAUGCUUGUUCAGGUGAUUUAGAUCCUGUUAAUCGAGGACACUUUUCUCUGAACCUGGAUGUAUACACUACAUUUACUAGUCCUAUACGGCGGUACAUGGAUCUUGUUGUUCACCGGCUAGUUGAGGCUAUGAUAGACCACAGACCCUCUCCUUACAGUAAACUUGACAUUCGGACUUUAUGUACUCAGAAUACUUAUGCUUUAACACGGGCAAAACAAUAUCACCAGGACAUCUACAGUCUACACCUAAGUGCUGCUCUCAGAGACAAGCCUCUAGUCCUGUAUCCAGUCAUUGAGAAUUGUGAUGACAGAAACUUAACACUGCAGUUCCCUACAGUUAAAGAAAUUCCUCCAAAGCACAGGCACAUUUCCAUGAGUCUACUGAUGCCAAGAGAGAGACCAAAGGUUACUGAUGAUCCAAAAGAAGUGAGUCUAAAAUGGCAGGAACGUAUAUAUAAUACCAAUAAGGACACAAAACCAAAAGGUAUAAAAGUUCCUGCAGAGCUAGAUCCAGAUCAAUACAUUGUGAAGAUUCCCACUUUCCAAUGGAAAAGGUUAUUGACGGCCAUCCGUACUGAAGACUUUGAGGAGCUACAAGAUUCUCUGUCAUCAGUCCGCCAGCAGGUUGAAUCUUUAGAGAUUGAUGGUCAUUUUGCAGAAGAUGUGUGUUCAGAAGUGUCAAGAAAUGGCAAGAUAAAUAAUUUUGUGGAAUUCUCUCUGUCUUUUCAUUCAUGUAUGGUACUUCGUGUACAAGUGGCCAGUGAAUUAAGCAGAGGUCUUCUUUGUCCAACAAUCCAGCUCUUGGGCUUAACACCAAGUCUGGAUGUCUGCCUUGAGCAUCGAUCAUCCCCAAUGACCUGUUUCUCAACCGUAACUGUUGUAAGUGCUUCUAGGCAAACAUAUGCUGAUGAAGCUGCUUAUCAGAAAUCAUGGCUGCCUGUUUUGGCUAUCGAGUCGGCUACAAAUGCUGUAACCAGUCAAGAAAAUGUAUACAUACACAACAUUAAUAUUGAAUGGACAAAAAUUAGGUCACCUUCAGGUGUAACUGAUGUUGUUGGAACUUUCCAUUUGCCACUGGAAUUCUAUGAGGAGCGUCAAAUCAAGUUUUCUGACAACAUUAAAUUUGACAGUUUCAGUGUACAAUUGAGUAGAACACCAUCACAGAGCUACUUCCUAGACUAUCUCUGUGUUCGCUACACUGGCUUGUCAAUCCCUUGUGGUUCGAAUGUGGCAGAAAAAGUAUCUGCCAUUCUGUCUGAAGACAAGCCUGUUUGUUGGGUUGGACAUUGCUGUGUUACCUCCGUGACAAAGGAGAAGAGUGGUCAGUUGAUAGUCCAGCUGAAGCUGCAUCAGAGUGCUGUCCAGUUUCCUCAUCUGUUGCUUAGUAACGGUCCGACCACCAACUGUACUAUUGAAUUGAUUCCAAGGACACUAUCAGAUAGACGUAUGGACUUUGCUGUUCGCUGUCUUCAGGAAGGUUCUAAGUUGGCUAAAGACAUUGCAACAGGAAGGAAGCCAGUAGACAAGUUGAACUAUCGAGAUGUAGGUAAGCUACGACAGACACAGUUUGACACGUUAUUGCCUCUGAACUCGACCCAAGAAGAUGCUAUACAGCAGGCACUUAAGCAGCCAUUCACUGUGAUCCAGGGCCCGCCUGGGACGGGAAAGAGUCUGACAUCAGUUAAUCUAGCGCGUCGGUUUGUAGAACGCAACCGAUCAGCGAGUGUUCACCCGACCGAUUCUCAGCCUCAAGUCUUAUUCUGUGGACCCUCAAAUAAGUCGGUCGAUGUAAUUGCUGUUGACACUCUUGAUAAACUGGCAAAAAAGGCAAGCAGUUGGACAAGCAAUUGUGAUGAAUCUUUAGUUGCUGCUAGUAGACCAGUAACUAGACAACUGGCGCCAUACAACUUGAAGAGAAAUAACAACUACUGCCAGUACUGUGGGGUCCAGUGUGACAGUGAGAAGCAGUGGGAUGACCAUUGCGCAUUGGAACGUCACAACUUCAAUGUGAACUCGGACAAGGAUCACCAGUGGAAUUUCCGUCAGCCACCGUGGGGUUCAAGCUAUAAACUGUGUGAGAGACAUAUGACCAGUCAGUCAUGUCAGUACUCCCACGUUCCAGAGAUGUACAACUUUUGUAUGUACGCCCACUCACAGGAGGAGCUGGACGAGUGGAAGGAACGCUACAAGUGGCGUCAGAUGAAGCGAGACAUGGCCAAGCAGCAAAAGGUUUUCUCUUACAUGGACGAAAUUCUUGACAAGUAUGAAAGCACAGAUUCGGGAAUUUCUGUGAUAUCUGAAGAAGUAAAUGGUGUUGCUGUACAGUGUGCUGAUGAACUGCAUGUGUACAAGGAAGAGAAGAAUGCUGUGGUAACCUGGUCGUUUAUCAUCAGAUCACAAUUUCCACUGUUAAAAACUGCGUUACUGCUGGACAAAGACAGACUUCAUUUUACAAUCCAAAUGGAAGAUGGCAGAAAUCAUCAGAUCACUCAGGGGGAUGUUUUUGAGGAUGUCGACAAUCACGGCAAUGACUGCUAUCGAGUGAUCAUCCAGUUCACUGGACGUAUGUUUGGCUCGUUUAGUCAGUGGGUCAUUUUUGACUUUGGCACGUAUCCAGUUCUGGUUCACAAACUGUCUGUAGAAGUGGGCAACCAAGAUGUACACAAUGUUGUCAAGGCCCUCCGCCAAAAAUUUUCAGUUUAUAGAUGGACAAAUCAGAAUCGUGAAAUAGUUCGACAGCCUGAACCAUCGAAUCCUGUGGAUGAUCAGCUGCUGCAGAAAUAUAAGAUCCCAGAUGCAUCUGAGUGUGUUGUAACGCAGGACAGUAUAAUCACAGAGUUGAACCGCAACAACUACAUCCACAAGAUGCACAAACUGUUGGAGCUGGAAGAGCUGACCAGACAUCAAAUCAUAUCAAGCUACAACAUACAGACAACUGUUCAAAUCCAGAACAAUAUUUCUGAAACCAAAGGCUUGUUCUGCGCUAAACCAGGAGAGCUGUUCAUGAAAGUGCCACUGUCAGACAAUUUGACUGAAGACACAAACGCUGGUCGAUUAAUCCUCACUAGUGUCAAGAAAAUCUGGUUUGCUCCAUUGAACCAAAGUCAGAAACAAGUAUUUGAAGCCAACAUUUUGGACUCUAGUAACUACGGCUUUGAUGGUCGCGGGAAGGAAUAUAUUUACCUGUGUGUUCCUCCAGUUUGUGUACAGGCUCUGGGAUUUGAGGCUGGGUCAAAUGUUGAAGUAGAGGUUCAGUUCCAGAUGAAUCGCAUCCAUUUUUGUCGCAUGCACUUCGCCGUUGACUGCUUGCAGAACACCGACAUUGUCUUUCCAGAUAUUGUGAAUGUCAAUCCACAGUGGAACGAACGCCAUAUCAUAAAAAUCAGUUCCAAGGUUUUGAAUGAGGACCAAAUGAAGGCAGUGCGACAUAUUGUAGCCGAGCACGUUGGGUAUUCUCCUCCAUUUAUAAUGUAUGGACCGUUUGGAACAGGCAAGACAGAAACCCUAGCACAGGCUACAAUGAUGCUGAUUAAAGAGUCCAAAUCAGCUCGCAUUUUGAUUUGUACACAGUCCAACAGUGCUGCAGACAGAUACAUUGUGAAAUACCUAGAUCCAUUUCUUAAAGAAUGUAAUCAGGAAAACAAACUUCGAAGGGUGUAUUUUCAAGGACGACGAUUAGACACUGUGAAGUCAGAAGUACAGAAAUAUUGUACGAUAACUGAGAGGAAGGAUGCCUUCAUCUCUGCAAGUCAUGAGGACAUAAUACAGCACAGAAUAGUCAUAACAACAGUGGAGACUUCGCUAGAGUUGUUGCACUUGAAUCUUCGCGGCUACUUCACGCACAUCUUUGUAGAUGAGGCAGCCCAAGUCCUAGAAUGUGAGAUCAUCAUGCCGUUGUCCCUGGCGACAGAGAAGACAUGUAUAGUCCUGACAGGAGAUCACAUGCAGAUGAAUCCGCAUGUGUACAGCCCCGAAGCUAGAAAACUUAACUUCCACGUCUCUCUGCUCCAGAGACUGUGCCAACAUUAUGACAGGUUCCACAAACAGCUUAAUCAGGAGAACACAAGCCCUCUUAAUGUCUUCCUCAGUAUGAACUACAGAACAAAGAAGGAAAUUCUUCAAUUCAUCUCGGCCAUAUUCUAUGGCGGUCCUGAUCGGCUAAAGGCACAAGGGUCUAUUCCAUCAGUUGAGAUCACUCCAAUGGUGUUUUAUGCCGUUCAGGGCUGUGAGAUUCAGGAGGCUGAUAGUACAUCGUACUAUAAUAUUUCAGAAAUACAGGAGGUGGUCGAAAGAGUAGAUGAACUAUACAAGAACUGGCCUGUCGAGUGGGGUCCACAGAAUGCUGAAGAUAUUAUGGUUGUUGCUGCAUACCACAAUCAGGUGUCUCUGAUAAGAAAAGCAUUACGAAAGAAGAAGAAAGAAUACCGUUUUGUAGGUGUCAACAUGAUAUACGAGGUUCAGGGUAAAGAAUUCAGGGCACUGUUCAUCAGUACAUGCCGAACACGACACCUUCUGGAAUCUGGCAACUUUCAGAAUAUCAUGCAGUCGGCUGAUGGGACUAUUGAAGACUUUGGUUUCCUGUCUGAUCCCAAGCUGUUGAACACUGCUCUAACGCGAGCUCAGUCCUUCGUUGCCAUAGUGGGAGACCCAGUAGCACUCUGUUCUAUCGGAGAAUGUGUACAAGUGUGGAGAAAAUGUAUCAAAGAGUGUCACAACAUGAAGAGUCUUCAUCCUUGUAGUCUUACCUAUGAGUCCAUCAAGAAUCAGGUAAUAAAUCUGCAGAUGUCACCUGAGGGUCAGCAGCUAGAAAAUAUCAUGGAAAUGACUCAUCAGUCUAGUCGCAUGCCACGACUGAUUCCAACUGGAGAUAAGAACAUACAUCACAAAGACCAGAAAUCAUGGUCAAGUUCUUCUCAACAACCUAAUGCUGUCAACAAACAGAACUUGAACACGUUGCAUCCUACACCCCACCAGAUUUACAACCUUGAUGACUGGAAUGUUGACUUCAUGAUCGAGCCUGAUGAAAUCAUCAAAUAUCUGGCUAAGGAGGAUGUUAAAGCAGACCGACUGCGUGCACUCCAGGAUAAAGCUAGAGUACAAGGUAUUCUACCACCAAAGGAAGAAAGUAUUGAGGUAAAUGAUGAAAUAUUGAAAAUUGAAUGUAUUAAAGUAAAAGAGCAGAAAGGAUAUGCAGUAGUAUGUUACAACUUUGACAGAAAAAGAGAGAAUCGUAAAAGAAAACUGUCGUCAGAAGUAGAUGCAGGAGUUGAUUUUGAUUCAGAUGUUGAUACUGAUGAUGAGGAUAUUGAGGAAAUAUCUGCAAAGAAGGUGUACAAGAACUAUGGAGUUCAGGAAUUGAAUAAACUGUUAGUGGCUGAUCCAGACCACUAUAAACAUUGCAUAAUGAAUAUUGAGUCAUCACAACGAAUGUUUGCCAGUGUUGUUGAUUUCACCUCGUCUGUUCAAGAAAUCAAGAUCGGAAGCAGAAGACUUUGUGGACAUGCUUUUCAUCAAGAUGAAGUUGUGGUGGAAAUACUCACUCCUGACAAGGAUGUCACAGGAGCCGAUGUUGGUGAUGAUGGUGUCAAUGGCCAGGUAGUUGGGAUUUUGAGAAAAGUCAUGGAUCUACAUUACAGAUUAUUUGUUUGUGCAGUGGAAGUCAACAACACUGGUAUCAUGAUUCCCCUUAACAAAGGUCUUCCAAAAAUCUACAACCUGUCUACUAAAACACGAAUGCAAAAAGCCAAAAAAGGCCACGUCUGUGUCUAUCAGUUUACUAAAGACAAGAAAAUUAACUUCAGUCAUUAUGAAAAAAUUGAUCCAUCGGAUCCUCAAGGGAAGUUGUUUCUGGUGCGAUACCUAAAGUGGGAACCAUCGUUUUACUCUCCUCUUGGAAUCGUAGUUGGAGUAAUCAAUGCUGGAAGAACAGUGGAAGAAGGCGUAGCUAUUCUAGACAUUGAGCAUAAUGUACACAGGAAAUACAAACAAGAAACAGAAACAGAAGUUAAGACACUCUACCAACAUGAUUACCAGUUACCCAGGGAUGUAUACCAAACACGACAUAACAUCACAGACAAGUGGUGUUUUACAGUGGAUGCUCCAUCCACAGAUGACCUGGAUGAUGCCUUGAGUAUUGAUCAGUUACCAGAUGGCAACUAUGAAGUCGGAGUUCAUAUUGCUGAUGUGUCUUAUUUUGUUAAAAGAAAUUCUUGCAUUGAUGCUGAAGCUCUUCAACAAAUGACAUCCUUAUAUCCACUGAACAGCAAACCAGUCCAUAUGCUGCCCCAAAGACUUAGUGUAGGACUUUGCAGUUUGAAGCCUGGAAAAGACCGAUUGACCUUGUCCAUCUUUUUACAUGUCACUGGGACAGGAGAAAUAACCAAGGUACAUGUUAAGAAAUGCAUCAUUAAUUCUAAACAGCAAUUUUCUUACAAGGAGGUUGAGGAUAUUUUACACGAUCCUGCUGCAGUAGAAACGGAUUAUCCAAAGAGCUGUAUUCUGAUGCUUUAUCAUAUAGCCCAGCAGUGGAGAAGUAAUCGACUGGGCAAUGAGUCCCACGUUGUUCGUCUUGACCCUCUAGAGAAACAGACACCUAAAGCACAUCAGAUGAUUGAAACACUUAUGAUCACCACUAAUCAUGAGGUGGCAAAGAAGCUUCUAGAAUGUUACCCCGAAACAAUUCCAGUCAAAUGCCAGAAACCAUUGAAUCCAGAAAAAGUUGAGGAGUGGAAGAUCCGACAUGCUGGCAAUGUCCUGAAUACAGUUGCUCUCACAAAACCCUUUUUAAAAGACCAGAAAACCUGCAAUUGUCAAGAAGAAUGCAUAUGUAUCAUCCACUUCAUGCAAGGGCAUGGUAUUAAGGGACAGAAUUCACUGGAUGUCCAAAAAAAAUUGUGGAAUGCAAUAUGUGAGGCAUCUGAUGUUGGGAACCUGGAGUUGGUUCAGCAAUUGAUUCUUGAACCUCAAAAUCAUCCACAGCUUGCUUUGGCUCAAUUAGACCUGAUGAAAAUUUCUAAUAAAUCAAAAUAUGCUUGUUCAGGUGAUUUAGAUCCUGUUAAUCAAGGACACUUCUCUCUGAACCUGGAUGUAUACACUACAUUUACAAGUCCUAUACGGCGGUACAUGGAUCUAGUUGUUCACCGGCUAGUUGAGGCUAUGAUAGACCACAGACCCUGUCCUUACAGUAAACUUGACCUUCAAACUUUGUGUAUUCAGAAUACUGAUGCUUUAACAAGGGCAAAAAAAUAUCACCAGGACAUCUACAGUCUACACCUAAGUGCUGCUCUCAGAGAUAAGCCUUUAGUCCUUUAUCCAGUAGUUGAGAAUUGUGAUGACAGAAAUUUAAUACUGCAGUUCCCUACAGUUAAAGAAAUUCCUCCAAAGCACAGAAACAUUUCCAUGAGUCUACUGAUGCCAAGAGAGAGACCAGAGGUUACUGAUGAUCCCAAAGAAGUGAGUCUAAAAUGGCAGGAACGUAUAUAUAAUACCAGUAAGGACACAAAACCAAAAGGUAUAAAAGGUCCUGCAGAGCUAGAUCCAGAUCAAUACAUUGUGAAGAUUCCCACUUUCCAAUGGCAAAGGUUAUUGACGGCCAUCCGUACUGAAGACUUUGAGGAGCUACAAGAUUCUCUGUCAUCAGUCCGCCAGCAGGUUGAAUCUUUAGAGAUUGAUGGUCAUUUUGCAGAAGAUGUUUGUUUAGAAGUGUCAAGAAAUGGCAAGAUAAAUCAUUUUGUGGAAUUCUCUCUGUCUUUUCAUUCAUGUAUGGUACUUCGUGUACAAGUGGCCAGUGAAUUAAGCAAAGGUCUUCUUUGUCCAACAGUCCAACUCUUGGGCUUAACACCAAGUCUGGAUGUCUGCCUUGAGCAUCGAUCCUCCCCAAUGAACUGUUUCUCAACCGUAACUGUUGUAAGUGCUUCUAGACAAACCUAUGCUGAUGAAGCUGCUUAUCAGAAAUCAUGGCUGCCUGUUUUGGCUAUCGAGUCGGCUACAAAUGCUGUAACCAGUCAAGAAAAUGUAUACAUACACAACAUUAAUAUUGAAUGGACAAAAAUUAGGUCACAUUCAGGUGUAACUGAUGUUGUUGGAACUUUCCGUUUGCCACUGCAAUUCUGUGAGGAGCGUCAAAUCAAGUUUUCUGGUAACAUUAAAUUUGACAGUUUCAGUGUACAAUUGAGUAGCACACCAUCACAGAGCUACUUCCUAGACUACCUCUGUGUUCGCUACACUGGCUUGUCAAUCCCUUGUGGUUCGAAUGUGGCAGAAAAAGUAUCUGCUGUUCUGUCUGAAGACAAGCCUGUUUGUUGGGUUGGACAUUGCUGCGUUACGUCCGUGACAAAGGAGAAGAAUGGUCAGUUGAUAGUCCAGCUGAAGCUGCAUCAGAGUGCUGUCCAGUUUCCUCAUCUGUUGCUUAGUAACGGUCCGACCACCAGCUGUACUAUUGAGUGGAUUCCAAGGACACUCCCAGAUAGACGUAUGGACUUUGCUGUUCGCUGUCUUCAGGAAGGUUCUGAGUUGGCUAAAGACAUUGCAACAGGAAGGAAGCCAGUAGACAACUGUAAGUUUGGUGCCUUGGAUCUAUAAAAUAAGAGUAUGUUUAAUACUUUCAGUAACAGAGCACCAAGCAAUUCCAAGAUGGUAAAAACAAGAGAUAUUUGUCCUUAUGCAGAUGUGUUGUAACUCUUUCACAUUCACUGG